UCAAACAAAGACAUGAUGAACACAGCAUAAGAUUAAGACAAAAAUUUCCUGUCUACUGGCAAAUUGUUAAAAUCACACACAUGACAUGUAUGUUGGGAAAGUCAAUUCUUGAACACUGAGCGGAGAGAGUACCAUGUUUUUGGAAAUAAUAUCAGCAUCGUUCCUUGUUUGGAUAGUUUCGUUUCUUGUAAAAACUUAUUUCAAAAGAAGAUCCAUGCCCCCAGGACCAUUUCCCUAUCCGAUAAUUGGCAACAUUUUUCUCGUUGAUGUAACUAGUAAGAAGCCAUUUAAGAGAAUACAGGAGAAAUAUGGAGAUAUAUACACAGUUAGACUGCUCUCAGAUGUUGUUGUCGUGAAUACAGCAACACUUGCACGAGAAGCGAGACUUCUGCAUAAAAACGACGUGGUCGACAAAUCUACAAAGGCGCCAUUGCAUCCUAUAAUUGGUCCCAAUGAUAUUGUUUUUGCUGAAUAUGGCACACCAUUCGUUUUUCGUAAGAGAGUAUUUAAAUCAGCUAUGCACGUCUUUGGAGAAGGCAUUCACGAAGCUGAAGAGAGAGGAAAUCAUGCUGUAAAAUGCACUUUAGAUGAAAUUAAAUCAUUUGAAGGUCGUUCAUUCUCGCCUAAAAAGCUUAUAGCAUCAGCAAUAAUACUUCAACUAUGGCAAUGGCUCACUUCGAAAGAACUCUCCUUAGAUGAUGACAUUAUAGUUAAGCUUUUGGAAUUUAGCGAACUUUCAGUAAAAAAAAUUCAAGAAAACUCAAUCGUUUCGAUGAUGAUACCGUUCAGUUCCUUCCUUCCCACUGAAUUCAAUCGAAAUAAAAAGCGAGCUCUGCAUAUUAAAUCGUCAAUUUUUUCUCCAGUUGUAGAAUCACAUCUUGCAACCUAUACACCUGGAAAAAUCCGCAAUAUGACCCAUAGCUUUAUACAAGCGUACGCAAAGGAAAUGGCGAAGGAAUCCAGUAAAGAUAUUGGUUCCAUUAAUGACAUCAAAGAUUUGAUGGUCGAUGUUGUUUUCGCGGGCGCAGAUACCACGUCUUCCACGUUAUCUUGGUUUUUAUUGUACAUGACCUUAUACCCUGAUGUUCAAAAAAAAAUCCACGCCGAGCUUGACCAAGUGAUAGGGAAGGAGUAUCUACCGCAAAUGAAAGACAUUCAGAAUUUGAACUACCUACAAGCAACUAUGUGUGAAGUAAUACGCAAAGCUAACCCCAUACCAAUAGCUGGUGCAACCACUCUACGUGACAUACAUCUAGCUGGCUUUCAUAUUCCAAAAGGCACUGCCAUUUUAACUAACCUAGCGGAGGUUCACCAUGACGAACGUGAAUGGCCCGAAGAAUCAAAGUUCAAACCAGAACGUUUUUUGGACAAUGAUGGAAAAUUUGUUGGUUGGACUCACUAUCUCGCGUUCAUGCCUUUUGGACUAGGGCGAAGGCAAUGCGGUGGUAUUUCAUUUGCAAAAAUUAUGCUCUUUACGUUUUCAUCAACGUUGUUAUAUUAUCACGAGUUUCGACUUCCCGAAGGUGUUGAGCGACCAAUGGAAGAAGGAUCUCGUCUACAGCUGGUUUCCUCACCAAAUCAUUUUGAAGUUGUUGCAUUCCCAAGAACUUAAUGCUUCUUCUUUUGCUGGAAGUGAUGUACACUUAUAUCAAUUUAUAAAGAAACUGUAACCAAACAUGCCUGACUAUAAGUACCACUUGUAAUGAAGCAUUACAUUGACGGGUAUAUAUAUACGAUGAAUGAACAGUAGGAAAUGAAUAUCUUGCAACUAACAGCAAUCUAUCAUAUGUUGGAUAUUUUUAAUCUAUUCAAUUUGCUGGAAUUUAUAUUGAACUUAAACACGGAAAUUAUAUUAAAUGAAUGACUUUGUACCAGUUA